UGGUGACAUCAUCUCUACGCGCUGGCUGAAGGGGACCUGACGGGUGUUUUGCACGUUGAUGUGGGGAUUUAUUAACUGCUAGCAGCUGAUUGCUGGAGUUGUGUUUUCAACCUGAUAUUUCCUCAAAGGUCAGAAAUGUCUGUGACUGAGAUGUUCAGCUACAUCCAGGGCUUCUUGAGCGCCGACCAGGACGUCAGAGAGGAUAUCCGUAAGGUGGUUCAAAAUCUGGAGCAGACUGCCAGGGAAAUCCUAACAUUGCUUCAAAGUGUCCACCAGCCAUCUGGGUUCAAAGAGAUUCCCAGUAAAUGUGCCAAGGCGCGGGAGUUGUUCAGCAAUGUCAGGACGCAAAUGGCUGAGCUCAAAACCAAAUUUCCUGUGGAGCAGUAUUAUAGGUUUCAUGAACACUGGCGGUUUGUCCUGCAGCGUUUGGCCUUCUUAGCAGCCUUCGUCGUCUACCUGGAAAAUGAAACCCUUGUCACACGGGAGGAGGUGGCUCAGAUACUUGGAAUUGAAGUUGUGCGAGAGAAGGGCUUUCAUCUGGAUGUUGAAGAUUUCCUAGCAGGAGUGCUGAUUAUGGCCAGUGAACUGUCACGGUUAGCAGUGAACAGCGUCACAGCCAGAGACUACAGCCGGCCGCUCCGCAUCUCUAACUUCAUCAACGAGUUGGACUCGGGCUUCCGUCUGCUCAACCUGAAGAACGACCCACUGCGGAAGCGGUACGAUGGUUUGAAGUACGACGUGAAGAAGAUCGAGGAGGUGGUCUAUGACGUGUCCAUCCGCGGUCUGGCCAAGGAUCCCAAAUCCGGCGGAGACAAGUAGAAUUUGGCGUUUGCUGUUGGAGCAGGAGGGGUGGUGUGGCAGCUGCCUCCCGCUGGGACCUCUGCAUGAUUGUUGCAGGUUGGAGAUCUUACCCCAUCUGAAAGUCAAAGAUCCAGGGAUCUGCCCAAGGUCCCCAGCAGCCAAAGACGGACUGUAUAAUGAUGAUUCUGUUUAUGCGUGCGAGUGUUUCAGCAUGUAUUUGUGCGAAUGCAUGCAAGAGCGGUGUUUUAGACUGGUGUCAGUCUGUCAGAAUGGCAUCAGAGGUGGCAAAGGAUCUCAGCAUUCUUAAUCAGAAAGUCAAGAUUAACGGUCCAGUUUGUUACAAGUUUUGGAAAUGUGUUCUCAGCUUCAUCCAAUUCCUGUGUUACAGCGUUGUCACUCUUCACUCAAAUCUGCAACAUGACCCUGUUUGUAAAGACUGUCAGAGAUAUCUUUGAGUGUUUGUGAACAUUUGUUUUCUGACUUAUGUCUUAGUUUUCUUGUUGAAAUGUUAAAUUUGUCAAAGCUGUUUGCCACCUGAUUUGUUUCCUUGGGUCGGUGGCGUUGUAAGGUUUUAAAAUUGCACACAUCCAAACUGGGUUCCAAAAUCCUCGUUUAUGAAGCAAGUUUUUCAUGCAAUAAAUGCAAGUUUAAAUUUUAGGAUCCACUAGACAGUCAUUUAGGGGAGGGUUUAUUAUUUGGAGGUCUAAUUGUUAGGACCUACUUUUUGUAAAUGAGGCUCAAGGAGUGAAAUGCCAAAGAAAUGAUGGCCUUGCACUUCACCUUAAAAUAAGUAACUGUGAUUAGUUAAAUGACCUGUAUUUAGGUUCCCGUUUGAAAUUAGAAAAUUGUGCCAAUUUGAGCUAUUUCUGUAUUUUUUGAUUGGUAGAAAGUAGUGGAAAAAAAUCAAUGUCUUACAUUGCUUAUGUUUUUUUUUAUGAAAAGGUAAAGUUUUUGCUGUCUGUAGUGGAGCUAGAUUAUUUUCUAGGGGAAGAAAAACUUUUUCAUCUUGUGCUUCAGUUAUUUGCACUCAGUGUUUGUAUUUCAGCCUUUUACGUCCUAAAAAUGUCUCCUUUCAGAUGGAGAUAAUAAAAACAUGAAAGAAAAAACA